AUGAAUUCCAAAUUCCUUCUCUGCGUCCUCGCCGUCAUCAUGUGCUCAGUUGUCCAAGAAGCUUCUGCUCAAUACUACGGAUAUGCCUCUUCUUAUUAUCCAUCUUACUACGGAGGUUAUGGAAAUGCCUAUGGAGCAUACGGAGCAUAUGGAGCUUAUGGAGGAUAUGGUCUCGGAUCUGCUUAUGCUGGAUAUUAUGGAAAGAGAGAAGCUGGAUUUGGACCAUCCCAGAACAAUCAGUAA